AUGCGGCUCUUUGCACGCCUGUGCAUCCUGCUGGGCUUUCUGGAAGGAGUGGGGUGUUCCUGCCCCUCUCAGUGUGCCUGCGAUUAUCUUGACAGAAACGAUGGCUCAGGAUCAAGGUCGGUGCUGUGUAAUGACCUCGAUAUGAAUGAAGUCCCCAUGAACUUGCCUGUGGACACUGUGAAGCUUCGAAUAGAGAAGACGGUCAUCCGCACGAUCCCGGCCGAGGCCUUCUAUUACCUGGUGCAGCUGCAGUACCUCUGGCUAACUUACAACUCCGUGGCCAGCGUAGACCUCAGCAGCUUUUACAACCUCAAGCAGCUGCAUGAGCUGCGCAUGGAUGGCAAUUCUCUGACCACCUUCCCCUGGGCAUCACUGCUGGACAUGCCCCAGCUGAGGACCCUGGAUUUGCACAAUAACAAAAUAACCAAUGUGCCAAACGAGGCUGCCAGGUAUCUGGAGCACCUCGCCUACUUGGAUUUAUCAAGCAAUAGACUAGCCACACUGCCGCCAGAUUUCCUGGAGAGCUGGUCUCACUUAGCUACGAGACCUUUCAGAAGCCCAAACCUUUCCUCAAGAAGAAUUAUUCUUGGUUUGCAGGACAACCCAUGGCUUUGCGAUUGUCACGUUUCCAAAGUGAUUGAGUUGUCAAAGGUUGCAGAUCCUGCUGUGGUGCUUCUUGAUCCACUGAUGGUCUGUAGUGAACCUGAGCACCUCACGGGAGUUCUGUUCCAGAAGGUAGAGUUGGAGCAGUGCCUGAAGCCAUCCGUGAUGACCUCGGCCACCAGAAUCACGUCUGCUCUGGGCAGCAAUGUCCUUCUGCGGUGCGAUGCCACUGGCUACCCCACCCCACAGCUAAUGUGGACAAGAUCCGAUGGCUCACCAGUUAAUCAUACAGUAAUUCAGGAGUCUCCAAUGGAAGGGGUCAGAUGGUCAAUAAUCAGCUUGACAGGCAUCUCCUACCGGGACGCUGGGGAUUACAAAUGCAAGGCCAAAAACCUAGCUGGGAUGUCAGAAGCUGCGGUUAUGGUGACCGUGGUUGGUGUUGUUACAACCACUGUGUCGUCAGAUACUCCUGAAGGAGGAGCUGGACAUCAGCCUGAGCAGGAGUUCCCGCCGGGACCUGGAAGAUCAAUGUCCCCGUCGACUUCACUGCCACCUCGCUGGUUCUCUUCCUCCUCUGCUCCUACUUCCCUCUCUCCUCUCCUGUCGCCUCCUCCUUCCACUGCUCCCUCCUCUGUGUCUCCUUUCUCCUCUGUUCCUUCCUCGGGCACAAUGGGGAGAACUAUCAUUUCAGCCAGCACCAGCCGGGCCGGCCGCCAGGCUCUCGAUCUCCCCCCAGGAGGGAAAAGAAAUGCGAAGGUGGAGAUGCCUGGAAGUAAGUUUCCUCCGGUCAGUGCGAGUAAGAAAGAAGAGUUGGCACAGCUGGAUCAAGCUACACUCAUGGAAAUGAAUGUCACCAUUGAAGACCUCAGGGCGGUCAGUGAAACUGACGGGAGUGUGACUUUGAUGUGGAAUGCCAUCAACACCACACGUAAGUUCGCGGUGACUGUGUUGUAUUCCAAGGAUGGCGACAAGGACCUGCGGCUGGUGAAUGCAGACUCGAGCAAGAACCAAAUAACCAUAGAUGGCCUAGAGCCUGGAAGGCAGUAUAUGGCAUGUGUCUGUCCGAAAGGAGUGGCUCCCUGCAAGGAUCGGUGUAUCACCUUUUCUACUAACGGAGUGCAAGAAGGUGACUCACAAUGGUCCCUUCUCACUGUGGUGACUGGCACUGCCUGUGCUGUUGUCCUGCCAUUAAUUUGUUUUUUAUUGUAUAAACUUUGCAAGCUGCAAUGCAGGUCAGAAUCUUUCUGGGAAGAAGAUUUGGCUAAAGAGACAUAUAUCCAAUUUGACACUUUGUCACCUAGGUCGCAAAGUAUAGGAGAGCUCUGGACACGAAGGCACAGAGAUGACUCUGAGAAAGUCUUGCUCUGUUCUAGGUCAAGUGUGGAAUCUCAGGUGAAUUUUAAAAGUGAAGGUUCUAGACCAGAGGGUUAUUGUUAA